GAAAAAACAUAGAGGUUGAUGAGAUUAGACCGGUCAAAUGUACAUGUACAGGUCUCUGCAUGAAACUGAGUUAUGUUAUAUGCCACAAUAUGUUUAUAUAUAGGUCUGUCUCUCUGUGGUUUUUGUCACAGACACAACUUUUCCUGAGUCAUCAUCAUUCAUCAUUCAUCACCAACACCACAACAAUCACAUAACCAUUUUCAAGACCUCUGAAAUCUUGAUAACUCAUAUAUAUUAUUAUGGCAGCUUUUUCAUACCAACUACCUUUUCUUGUUGACUCUUCAUCUUAUAACUUCGCUAAGAUAAACACUUCUCUUACUCCUCACACUCUUCAUGUUCAUCAAGAUAACAACAACUCUCUUAGUAAUCAAGAAACUAGUUGUGUUGAUCAAGCCUCUAAGAAUAGUUUAAGUCCUGAAUCGUCCAUGGUGGUUGAUAAUCUUGAAAAGGGUGAACAAGUUACUCAGAAAGUGAGUUCUAUGGAGAAGAAGAGAAGGGUUAGAGCUAACAAGGCGUCUUCGAGUAGCCCCUUAUCUAAGGAGUCAAAAGAAGAGAGAAGCAAAAAACAAAAGAAGACUAGUUGUGAAGGGAUGAGAGGAGAAGAGAAGAAGGAUCAAAAGAAAUUCUUUGAAGAGGCUCCUCCAAGUGGCUAUAUCCAUGUCAGAGCAAGGAGGGGUCAGGCAACAGAUAGCCACAGCCUUGCUGAAAGGGUGAGAAGAGAGAAAAUAAGUGAAAGGAUGAAGAUAUUGCAGCAACUUGUGCCUGGCUGUGAUAAAGUAACUGGAAAAGCUCUUGUGUUGGAUGAAAUAAUCAAUUAUGUACAGUCCUUACAGAAUCAAGUAGAGUUCUUGUCAAUGAAGAUUGCAUCAGUGAAUCCAAUCUUCUUUGACUUUGCAAUGGACUUAGACAUGGUUAGACCAGAUCAUGAGAGAUUAAAUAGCAUAACAUCACCAUCACCAUCAACACCACUACAAUCAGUACCAUUAUGCAGCUCCAACCAUGCCACACCUUUUGCUGACACAACCCUCACAAGCUUCCACCAUGCUGCAUCUAAUAAUGAAUAUCUUUUGGAUUAUUCAACUCCAGUUUUUCAUCAAGGACAAAGGUCAAAUACCUUCUUUGAGCACACUGAUGGGCCAUAUUGGGACUUAGAGGAGCAACGACAAAAGCUUCUUAAUCCAUAUGGAUUCAGCAACAAUACAUGUUCCUUAAAUUAAUAUCAAUUUCUCAUUAUCUGUCCCACAAUGCUACAAAAAUGUUUGUAACCUCUCAAAUCACAAACCUUGUAAUAAAUAAAACUAUAUUAAUAUAUUUUUCUUAUAAUGUUGUUGUAUGGUAUGACACUUGUAUUGUAAUCUUUUGUAAGGUUAAAUCUUUUCCAAACAAGUAGCAGAAUCUAUGAAAAGAAGGUUGUUAUGAAGUGAUUCUGUUGUUCCUAGUCCACCAAAUUAAAGUGAGAUAUAUAUGAACAUGAUGAAUAAAGUGUAGCAAAAUUAAUGGAUGAGGAAGCUAUAAGGACAGAAAAAUGCCGACAAAAUAAGACCAUAUCUUUUUCUAGAUCCUUUGUUCUAAUAAUAAUAUUUGACUCUUAAAAGUCUUAUUCUGUUGCACAAAUUUCAAGACACUCUUUAUGAAUGCAUGAAUGAAUCCUAGAGAUAUCAUAUCUCAUAUCAUAUGUAAUAUUAUAUUAUUAUUGUUAUAGUUAUUCUGU